GACAUAUUCGUGCAAGAUCUUUACGACUAUAUGGCAGUACUCAUUGGUAGCCAAUUAUAAUUGGAUUUUAAUGGAGGGCCUCUAUCUUCAUAAUCUAAUAUUUUUCCAUAUUUUCAACGAUAACUCAAGUAUAAUGAGAUAUGUUAUACUCGGAUGGGGUUUGCCAAUCAUAUUCAUAAUUCCUUGGGUUGUCGUCAGAACUUAUUUCGAGAACACAUUUUGCUGGACUACGAAUGAAGAUAAGAGAAUAUUCUGGAUAAUCAGAGGUCCUAUUACUGCUACAAUAAUACUGAAUUUCGUAUUCUUCAUAAACAUAACACGAGUCCUAUUCGUGAAGAUGUUCUCGUCGUCGGUGUCUGUCCGCCAGUAUAAGUACAAGACAUGGUUUAAGUCGACAUUCAUUUUGGUGCCACUGUUUGGCGUUCACUAUAUGUUUCUACUGGUGUUCAACUCGCUGUCCAUGUCUUACGAUAUAUUUGAGAUUAUAUGGCUUUAUAUAGACUUACUUUUCUCGUCGUUUCAGGGAUGUGUUGUGGCUCUACUGUAUUGCUUCUUCAACGGUGAGGUGCAGACAGAGUUGCAUAAGUUGUGGCAAUCGUGGCGUCGAGACAACCAAAAGACAGCGAAUAAUCACAACUCGACAACACAUAUGUCAUACUUAACGCAAUCGUUAACGUACUUAAGCCGCGGCCGUAACUCAUGCUUCUCAACGGCCGCGACCGCAGCCGACAGCUCGACGUUAGGACACAAAGAGGCGGCCAAUAGUCAGUCGCGAUCGCCGUCGCCGUCGUCUCGGCUGAGGAGCACUCAAAUCGUGACACAGAGUAUGAAUUACUCGCUGAGAGGCGGAGACGACAACCGCCACAACAGCCCAAAGACAUCGAUCAGAAGCGGUGACACGAGUAAUAUGUCGGCGAUUGUGAUCGUAUGCGACAAACAAAGCUAUUUAAAUGGUAAUAAUAGCGGUCCGACCGUCGACUCCAAUCAGGAGUCGAUGAUGUAGUCAAUGAUCGUCUCCACAAACUUGUUAUUUAUUUGUUAUAAUAAUGUUUAUAUCAAUUCAAAUAAUAUUUGAUUCUUGUCUUAAAUUCAUUACAAUUUAAUUUAUUGUUGAGUUUUUAUUUUGUGGAAAUAUAUUACAAAUUAAGAGUAUUAUGAAUAAAGAGCAUAAUAUAUAUUUGUGUAAUAAAAG